UGGCGCGCCUGUCACCGUGUUUUUCUGUUCGGAGGGUUUGUGCUCAGAGAUGGCCAGAGAGCCGUAGCGGACUGUGGGGCCUGCAGGCUGGGCAUUUACCGUCAACCGUACCGUUAGAGAACCGCACAGACACGGAGAGUCACACGGAGAGGAACGGGACGACAGAGGAGAGGAAUCAUGGGACACGGAGUGGGCUGAACCAGGAGGUCGAGCAGUGCACACCAAUCGUUUCCCACUGUGGUGUAUGACAUGGCCACGGCCUCAUCUCGAGCAGAGUCUAGCCAUAACCACAGAGGAACGUCACAGCUCCAUGCCGUUGUUUCAUGUGCCAAAAUCAAGAGGAAGAAGAGUCUGUUUGGGGCGGCCAUCUAUGUGGAGGUGACAGCGGAGGGGGAGUCACGCCGCACGGCGAAGUCUCACAGCUCCUCCAAUCCGAAAUGGGACGAGAGACUCACUCUGAAUGUAACCUCGCACUCACAGGUGGAUUUCAAAGUAUGGAGUCACCACACACUGAAGGCCGACGCUCUGCUGGGAAAAGCUACGCUGGACCUCACUCAGGCCUUGGAGCAGCAUGACAGAAAAUUGGAGAAUGUGAAGGAGGUGCUGAAGCUGAGCGUGGAGCAGAAAGGAGUCGCGGUCCAUACAGGAGAGCUGACUGUUAACCUGAAUGGCCUGACGGUCUCUGAACAGGAGGAUCUGGCUCCGCUUACCAACGGAAACGCAGCAAACAGCACCAAAGUCCAACAGAAUGGCGAUGCAAUCCAUGAAAAUGGAGAAUCUUCUUCCUCUUCCUCAAGGGCCGCAAACAGCUCAGUGAAUGGUACAGACCCCGGCCUGAGGUCAGGUUCCUGCUCGGCCUCCAACGGUCUGGACGCUCAGAUGCCUUCAAGCUCCUGCAGCCCCGCCCUGAGUCAGGUGGUCAACGGAGAUGCCACGCCCAACUCCACCCCAGUGCACCAACCGUCAGACAGCGACACAGAGAGCAGGACAGCAGUAAACGGGGAAUCCUGUGAUGCUUCUCUCGAGAUGUCGUCUGCCACGACAGGUGAUGUGCCGCCCCCUGCAGACAACCAAGAGGACUGCAAUCAAGAUUCCACCGUGCCAGACUCUGACACAGCAACAGACAGCACAUCUCCACCAGCUCCCUCCUCCACACAGGCUCCAGCCUCCUCCACCUCUGCUGCUAAACCCUCUGAUGGCACUACUGCGCCUUCUGCUGCUGCUGCUGCCGCCGCUUCCUCCUCCUCCUCCUCAUCACAGGGGGCCACCGCCGUCACAACCUCCUCUUCAACGUCCUCCCCCUCCCCAGCUCCGGGUGAAGCUAAUGCUUCAGCAGGUGGAGGAGGGAGCGGUAACAGCAGUGCAACUACAACUACAGACGGGGCCAAACCCAGACAGCAGGUCCCCAACUCAGGGGCCCCAGAUCCUCUUCCUCCAGGGUGGGAGCAGAGAAAAGACCCACAUGGGCGAACGUACUACGUUGACCACAACACCAGGACUACAACCUGGGAGAGACCACAGCCACUACCACCAGGUUGGGAGCGCCGUGUGGACGACCGGGGUCGGAUCUAUUACGUAGACCACAACACCCGGACCACCACGUGGCAGCGACCCACCAUGGAGUCGGUCCGAAACUUUGAGCAGUGGCAGAGCCAGCGCAGCCAGCUGCAAGGAGCUAUGCACCAGUUCAACCAGAGAUACCUCUACUCUGCAUCUAUGAUGUCCGCUGAGAACGAUCCUCUCGGCCCGCUGCCUCCAGGAUGGGAGCGGCGUGUGGACUCCAACGACCGAGUGUACUUUGUCAACCACAAUACAAAGACGACGCAGUGGGAGGAUCCUCGGACACAAGGGCUACAGAACGAGGAUCCUCUUCCUGAAGGUUGGGAGAUCCGUUACACACGGGAGGGAGUCCGAUACUUUGUGGAUCACAACACCAGGACCACCACCUUCAGCGACCCGCGUACUGGAAAGUCCUCUGUCACCAAAGGUCCUCAGAUCGCUUACGAGCGCAGCUUCAGAUGGAAGCUUGCACAUUUCCGCUACCUGUGCCAGUCCAACGCCCUCCCUAGCCAUGUGAAGAUCACCGUCUCCAGACAGACGCUGUUUGAAGACUCGUUUCAGCAGAUCAUGGCCCUGAAGCCUUACGACUUGAGGAGGAGACUCUACGUCAUCUUCAGAGGAGAGGAGGGCCUCGACUACGGUGGAUUAGCUCGGGAGUGGUUCUUCUUGUUGUCCCAUGAAGUGCUGAACCCCAUGUACUGUCUGUUCGAGUACGCCGGCAAGAGUAACUACUGUCUGCAGAUCAACCCGGCCUCAGCCAUCAACCCCGACCACCUCUCCUACUUCUGCUUCAUCGGACGCUUCAUCGCCAUGGCACUUUUCCACGGGAAGUUCAUCGACACGGGCUUCUCUCUGCCUUUCUACAAACGAAUGCUGAACAAGAAGCUGAUCCUCAAAGACCUGGAGUCCAUCGAUCCGGAGUUUUACAACUCACUGAUCUGGAUCAGGGACAACAACAUCGAGGAGUGCGGCCUGGAGAUGUAUUUCUCCGUGGACAUGGAGAUCCUCGGGAAGAUCACAUCCCAUGACCUCAAACCCGACGGGACCAACGUCCUUGUCACUGAGGAGAACAAGGAGGAGUAUAUCAGUCUGAUGGCAGAGUGGAGGUUCUCCCGCGGGGUCGAAGGUCAGACGAAAGCGUUCCUGGACGGUUUUAACGAGGUGGUUCCUCUUCAGUGGCUGCAGUACUUUGAUGAGAAGGAGCUGGAGGUGAUGCUGUGUGGCAUGCAGGAGGUGGACCUGCAGGACUGGCAGAGAAACACGGUGUACCGACACUACACCAGGAACAGCAAACAGAUCAUCUGGUUCUGGCAGCUGGUAAAGGAAGUGGACAACGAGGUGCGUCUGCGGCUCAUGCAGUUUGUCACGGGAACCUGCAGACUCCCUCUGGGCGGCUUUGCAGAGCUCAUGGGAAGUAACGGUCCUCAGAAGUUCUGCAUAGAGAAGGUGGGAAAAGACACCUGGCUUCCUCGGAGCCACACAUGUUUUAACCGUCUGGACCUUCCUCCCUACAAAAGCUUCGAGCAGCUGAAGGAGAAGCUGCUGUUCGCCAUCGAGGAGACCGAAGGAUUCGGCCAAGAAUAGACGGACGCGUCCUCAAGUUUUUCUCUCCUCCCCCAUCGCUGAUUAUUCAGUCAAGUAAAACAAAAAAAAUUGCACAAGAUAACCACCAAUGUAUAUAAGCUAUUUUGUCAUUUUAAACCAAAUCUUAAUUUGCAGCAUUAUUUAUGCAGCAGCCCUGAAAUACUAUCUGACACCCCCCCCCCCCCCCAAUCAUGAAAUAUGCAAGCAUUUCAGCUCGUCUGUUUGGAAACAGAUAUCAUGGAUAUUUUUUUAAUUUCCCUCCCACUACUGACGGCUUUUUAAAGAGACUGAACGUGUUUUCGGGAGGAUUUUGUAGCGGAGGAGCGACCUUCGUUUAAAGCUCUAGUUCUAUAGAGCUUCUAAAAUAGAAAAAGUCUGAGUAGUGUCGGGGUCCGGUGCCUGAAUUUGAGUUUUUCAUCCCCCAGUUGGACUCGUAUUAAAUGUUGCCAUUCUUUUUGCGUGUUUGCAUGGCUGCCUCUGAAGACUGCUGUUAGCGCCCUCCACACACACACACACACACACACACACACACACACACACACACACACACACACACACACACACACACACACACACACACACACACACACACACACACACACACACACACACACACACAGUAGUUGGGAGUUCCCAGAGAAGGAAGCAUCAUCCGAUCCUCCGGUUUGCAUUUCCACAAGAGAAGAAGAAAGACUGUGUGUGCGUGUGCUGGCGUUAACGCAGCCUGUGCUUCAUAGCUCUGAUGUUUGAGUCGGAGAAUCUGUACGUGUUCUGGGACUUUGAAUUUAAAGUUUGAGCUUUUUGGAAAGAGACAAAAAAACGGCUCAGUUGUUCCUGUGAUUCAUUUUUAUUUGUUAUCAUUUUGUUCCUCCUUGAAUUUCGUGUCUUCAGUCCGAUGAGGCCGCUGUGGUUUACAGAGCACCCGACACGAUAUCUUUAUACGAAACAAACUUUACUUUGAACAUAGAGUAUUAUUUAACCUGGGCUAAGCGUGUGGUCAGUGUCUUAAUGACUCAAAGGUACAAAACGUUUUUUUGAUUACUCCAGUAGGUGUCUGCAGUCUGCAGGCAAAGUAACUGAAAACCUGAAAACAAACCAGAGGUGUUGCUGCUGACUCCUCCUAGUCGUCCACAGGUGCUGGCAGCCAGGUGAAGUCACUAGAGGAAGCACCAAAAUAAAACAGGAAACAACAAUGAUGUAACAAUUGAAACAGGCUGCAACGCAUUUUUGGGACAAAUGAGCCUGGAAGUCUGACCAGGGGAGGAAGGUACUUUGACCAUGACCUUCCUCGGCUUCAUGCAUCCUUGGAAAAACAUUUCAAUAUUUUAAUACCUGCAUGGAGUAUAAAGAAACCAUCGUCACAAAGGGCUUUACAGAGUAUGGAAAUUCCAACUGUAAAAUCCCAAACCAUGAAAAUAAAAACAACAAUGUAGCAAUCAAACAAUAAAAUAGAGAAAGCUACAACAAAGAUUAAAAAAAAAAAAAAAGAUAGUGAUGCAGUUCGUCUGAGAUCCUCAGGCAGGUCGUCCCGUGCAGCAAACGCUCGCUCUCUUUUGGUUUUUAAGUUUGAGGAGUGAACAGUGAAGAGGUUCCUGCCUGAGGAUCUUCUGAUAUAUAUCCACUACAGUCUGUUAACCUGCUGCAGGCUGAAGAAACCUACUGGAGCAAUACAAAACUUUUUGUACGUUUUGGUUUGAGCCUGAAAUACGUGAUCGUAAAAAGAGCCCAGUUUGAAAAAUGUCUGAACUUAUUUGUCAUCAGCCGCCCGUUACUCCAACAUCGCACCUCGCCAUCAAAUCAUGCAACUAAAAAACAGACAUUUGAACCUUUAUCAUCCAAGACAGAAUGAGAAACGAUAUCAGAGGCCCUGUUAUAAAAACAGUUCAUGUCUCGUUAACACGUAUGAUGAGUCAUACGAGCAGCAUGCGUGCAUACAGGCAUUAAUACACGUUAAGGCCCCGACACACCAUGGAGAUCGUCGGCCGUUAGUCCUGAAUGGACCGUCGCCGAGCAAUCGUCGCCCUAGUUUUUGUGGGGUCUUGAUCCGUCGCUACCCGUGGGCCUUUUUUUCAACAUGUCGAAUCGAACGAGGGCUGACAACACCAGCCCCAUUUUCAACUUUUUAUCAGACAUCAUUCUCCAUUAGUAGACUACCUAUAAUACGAGAGGUGAAAAUUGUCUUCUCGUAUCAUAACGGACUACCGCCCCCUGCUGGCAUGGAGAGUUAUUUCCUCUCACGCAAGCAGAACGUAUGUGGUGGUUGGUUGUCGGCUGUAGUAUUUGCGGUGCGUUUAAGUGCAACUUUUUUGCCAAGAAACUAUUUCUUUGCCGUCUGCUUGGUGUGUCAGGGCCUUUAGAAACAUUCAAAGGGCUCCUUUGUUUUGAAAGUAUUAUCCAGGCUGCAUACAUGUAAAGAGUUAUAAAGACGAAUAGAAACAAUGUGCAGCCACCACCGGUGUGACUCGUACGAUCAGAUCUAAUCAGGCCGUGUUCAGAGUCACUGAGGAUCUGAGCUGACAUGAGAAAGCCUUAAUGUAACACAGACGUGUGUUCAUAUCAGUGUGCAGGAGCCUGAUGCACUUAGGAAUAAAGUAUAUAAAAGACUUAAUGAGACACUAAACGUGCCACAGACCAAAAAAGACGAGUGCAGCCGGAGACUGACUGCAGGAAGCCUGAAGAUGACGAUGAUGAUGCAUCGCUUUAUGUUUUGUUUUUGCAGCCUGCUCGUCCUCUCUGUCUCUCCAGGAGACAUCGCAUCAGUCAGAAAAACUCUGGGGCUUUUUCUUUACGUAUGUUUGGGUCCGAAUGCAGGAAAAAAAGAAAAGAGCUGUGACAGAGAGAGAGCGACUCUUUGUUUCCUCACACGUCUGCAGGAGGAGCUUGAGCUCGCUCAGAUUAUCAGCCGUGUAAAUAACGUGUACUCGUGCGGAGGGACAACAGCAAGAAGACAAAUAAUCGGCUGUAGCAGAAGGAGUCCACACUGCAGAACAUUGUGCUUCCUUUUGAACAGAAACCUUUAAUCAAAGAAAUCAAAACUGUGUCUGUGAAUAUUCAUGUAUAAAGUAAAUAAAGUACUUAAAUAUUAUAAUUAAUGACACAGAGCCGCCGCUCCGCUGAUGGAAAUCUGUGAUGCCUUUGUUCUUAUCAGAAAUAGACGCCGCGUUUCAGACCGCCUUCAUCCCAGAUGGCGAGUGUCACCUGUGUGAGCUCGUGACUGAGCUGCAGGCGGUCUGAAACGUGUCCAAUCUGUAACAUAUCGCGUGUAGAUACACACUGUAAACACAAACCACACUGUACAGAAUGCCCUCUGCUGGAGACCAUGUGUAUAGAAGAUUCAUUUUUAAUCUGCUUUCAGCCAUUUUAAUGAAGAGAGAUGGAUUUAUGAGAAACAAUAAAUAAGAGAAUAAACCCCUC